AUGGCUGACGACGGCGCCCCCGCUGCUUCUGGUGCUGGUGGUCACGAUGAUGGCUCCAUUCUCCCCCGCCUGCUCGUCCCUCUGAUUAUUGUCACCAUCUGGUCCACCCUCAUUACCUGCCUCUCCAAGUUUGUCUACAACCUUGGUGUCCAGUCCAUCCUUCUCACCGUCCUCGGUUUCGUCGUCGGUCUUGGCCUGUCUUUCCGAUCAUCCACCGCCUAUGAACGUUAUGCCGAGGGCCGCCGCUACUGGGCUCAGCUCAUCCACGUCUCGCAGACGCUCGGCCGCGUCUUCUGGAUCCACGCCAAGGAGCACCCCGAACUGGCCAAGAAGGACAUGAUGCUACGCCGCGUGAGCUGCCUGAACCUCGUUCUUUCCUUCUCCGUCGCGCUGAAGCACAAGCUCCGCUUCGAGCCGUACACUGUCUACGAGGAUCUCCAGCACCUCGUCGGUCACCUCAACACCUUCGCCAAGACGGCCGCCGCCACUGAUCCCCAGUGCACCACUCUGCCCAAGAAGAACUUCUUCAAGGAAGUGGGCGAAUACCUCGGCGUCUCCUUCGCCGAGUCCAACCCUCGCAAGGCUCUCAAGAAGGCUACCUACCCGCUUGGCAACCUUCCCCUGGAGAUCAUCUCGCAUCUGUCUGUCAUUGUGGACGCCAUGGUUGCCGACGGCCAGCUCCCCGUUCCCAUGCAGCAGACCACUGCGUACACCAGUCUGACUCUGUUGAACGACAUCAUGACCGGUACCGAGCGCGUCCUCAACACGCCACUGCCCAUCGCCUACUCGAUUGCCAUCGCACAGAUCACCUGGCUCUACGUCCUUCUGCUCCCCUUCCAGCUGUACAAGACCCUCGAGUGGAUCACAAUUCCCGCCUGUAUCGCUGCCAGCUACAUUAUUCUCGCUAUCCUGUUCAUCGGCAAGGAGAUUGAGAACCCCUUUGGCCGCGAUGUCAACGAUCUUCCUCUCGAGGGGUACUGUGAGCAGAUUGCCCACGAACUCGACGUCAUUGCCGCCAUGGAUGUGCACCGUGACAUGCCCUACGCCUUCCUCGACUCCCACCUCAACCUUCCCCUGUACCCCGUCAGCAUGGCUUCUUUCCCCCGUCUGGGCUGA